AAUGCACCAAUUUAACAAACUAUCCUUUAAUAGUCCUUAAUUGAGUAAACACGCCAUCCACAGUACCGCGUGUAUGUACAUAACGAACGUGUACUCGCUCCGUAAAUGUUAAAUACCCGACUACGUACUCGUAGUACUCGUAAUUCGAACCACGACGAUGAAUUCGCUCCUAUUAUCGUAUCGAUUAACCUAUCAAAAUCGCCAAUAAUUGAUGGAAAAAUUAGCUCACAUAUGACGCGCGAUCGUUUCUCAAAACGUGAUAAUACAAUUAAUGGUGCUAAAGUAAAACUUCGAUGAUAAGUUGUGCGCGUUUUUUUACCCCGCCAAAAUACGAGUAUGUUUAAAUAUAAGACGAUAUUUAGUUGUGAUACGCGAAGUAUCGUGUUGUUCUUCGUCAUCCUGUCCAGCCUAUUGGAGACCAAUGCCAGAAGUCAUCAACAAAUCAACACCGAGGAAGCUUGUAAGAAAAUCAAAAGUCAGUCUCAUUAUUCGCUCGGUGAGAUGACUGGAUACUGGUACGGAGUGGAGAUAGUGGAACAUAUUCAUAGUCGUAAUAAACCGAAUGUAGACAGCUGUAUCAAGGUGGAACUCAAGACCAAAGGAAAUGAUAACGUGUACUUGACUUGGAGGGAGAAAAAUCUAGCCGUUACCUAUACCUUUUACAACCAAGAUAGUACGCAGCGGGGCGUAUGGACCUCUUUGGGUGAUCAAACUGUUGCAGAAAAACCAUUCGGUUACGAUUACGAGCAAUUCGCUGGCAAACUGUUCGUAGUACGAGCAUCGGAUAAUCUAGUAUUAACAUUUUGUUCAUCUACGAAACUAUUCACUUUGGUAUUAUCGAAAAAUUACACGAUGAAUUCGACCGAAUUGAACAGUAUACAUAAUUCUUUAACACGAAUAAGCGGACUAACGAUCAAAGACGCUAAAAGGUAUUGUAGAAAUGGUGCUUAUAACGUUAAAGCUGAGAAUUUUCUAAUCUUAUUUAUACUAGGUUUUGUUGCAUUUAAAAUGUAUGGAAGGUAUUCGUAA